AUCUAGAGUGACUGGAGCGCAGAGGCAGCGGAGAAUCACAGCAGCACAAACCCACUGCGCUCAUGGCAUCAAGGAGAAUGGAGACCAAACCAGUCAUAACCUGCCUCAAAACGCUCCUCAUCGUCUAUUCCUUCGUGUUCUGGAUCACGGGGGCGGUCCUGCUGGCAGUGGGAUUAUGGGGGAAGUUCAUUUUGGGUCCGUACAUCUCUCUGAUCGCUGAAAACUCCACCAAUGCUCCCUUCGUGCUCAUCGGGACCGGGACUACGAUCAUCGUGUUCGGGCUGUUCGGAUGCUUCGCCACGUGCCGCGGGAGUCCAUGGAUGCUCAAACUGUACGCCAUGUUCCUGUCUCUGGUUUUCCUGGCAGAGCUGGUCGCUGGCAUCUCGGGCUUUGUUUUCCGUCAUGAGAUCAAAGGCACCUUCCUGAGGACGUACAACGAAGCUGUUCAGAACUAUAACACCCGGGAUGAGAGAAGCAUUGCGGUGGACAAAGUCCAGAGGAGUUUGCGUUGUUGCGGUGUUCUGAACUACACCAGCUGGUUCUCCAGUGUUUAUUACCCUGCGAAUGGACUUCCUCCGAGCUGCUGCGCUAACAUCUCCGACUGCAACGCCUCAGACCUGAGAAACGCCACCAUAGCGCCCACCAAAGUCUAUCAGCAGGGCUGCUAUGAGCUAGUGACGACCUUUAUUGAGACUAACAUGGGCAUUAUCGCUGGAGUAACAUUUGGAAUUGCAUUCUCGCAGCUGAUCGGGAUGCUGUUGGCCUGCUGUCUGUCACGAUUCAUCACUGCCAAUCAGUACGAGAUGGUGUAGCGGCGUGUGCACAGACGCCGAAGACGUACGACACCUUGGAAAGGGAAAGCAACCCAAAAA